UGCGUGUGGACCGCUCGCGCACCUCACUGCUGUCACGUGUCUCUCACUGCUGGAACACACACGUGUAAACGAUGGAUCUGCUCUUUUGCACAAAAACAAGACAGUGAAAUGUACGGAUUUAUUAACACGUGUCUGAAGUCGCUGGUGAUCGAUCAUUUCGGAGAGGACACUUGGAAUAAACUCAGGGACAAAGCAGGCGUCCAAGACACCUUCAUGACAUAUGAGGUGUACAGAGAUGACAUCACCAUGCGACUGGUGGCAGAGACAUGCACACUUCUUGACAUGGAAGCGAGCGCCAUGCUGAGGCAGUUUGGAGAGUACUUCUUUGAGUUCUGUAAAAGAUCAGGAUACGACCACAUGCUGCGCACACUGGGAGGAAACCUCUUUGAGUUUAUAGAAAAUCUGGAUGCUUUGCACGGCUACCUCUCGCUCUCGUAUAAGGAAAUGAACGCGCCGUCAUUUCGAGUCGAAAAGAACUGCGAUGGCUCAAUGUUCUUACACUAUUACUCGGACCGCAGUGGGCUCUGUCACAUCGUCCCAGGCAUCAUAGGAGCCGUAGCGAAGGACUUCUUUAACAGUCAAAUAGACAUGAAGAUUGUGAAUAAGACGGAGGAGUUGGAGAGGACAGGAAAGAAAGAGCAUGUUGUUUUUCUUGUAAGCAACAGUCCUGUAAUUUCUGAACAACUACGGAGCAAAAGUGCAUCAACAUCAAAACUCGGUCGCACCUCAGGACGCAGAAACAACAUGCAGGACAUUGAGCGAUCAAGAUUACAAGAAAACAAGCAGCUCAAAUAUGGGACACACAGAAACCACUGGGAGACAAUCAGAAGCAUAGUGCAACUGGGAAAAGGCAAACUUUUAAGGGGAUUUGAGCCGAUUUACCCAGACGAACUGUGCAUAGACCUGAAGACGUUCUGCAAUGCCUUCCCAUUUCAUAUCGUGUUUGAUGAACAAUUGAGGGUACGUCAGGCCGGGGUGACGGUCCAAAAGAUCGUGCCAGGGUUGCAGACCACAGGAAUCCGACUGGAUCAGUAUUUUACCAUCCUGCAUCCCGAGGUCACCUUUACCAUCGGCAGCAUUCGCAAGUUCAUCAACAGCCAUUUUGUCCUGCAGACUCGGCGAGAUGCGAUGCCUGAGUACUGGAAAGAGAUGCCCAUGCUUGAGCUCAGAGGUCAGAUGUUGUGGAUGGCUCCUCUGCACUGCAUGCUAUACCAGGCGUCCCCCUUACUGCGCAACCUGCAGGAGCUGGAGGAAAGGCAUAUGUACCUGUCUGAUAUCGCUCCACAUGAUGCCACACGCCACCUCAUUUUGCUCAACCAGCAGCGCCUGGCCGAGAUAGAGCUCUCCAGCCAGCUGGAACGCAAGAAGGAACAGCUACGACAGCUUUCUCAGCAUCUCGAGCAGGAGAAGCAGAAGACUGAGAACCUGCUCUAUGCCAUGCUUCCCAAACACGUGGCCAAUCAGCUGAAGGAGGGCAAAAGAGUAGAGGCAGGUGAGUUUAAGGAGUGCACCAUCCUCUUCAGUGACGUGGUAACCUUCACCAACAUUUGCUCACAGUGCGAGCCCAUACAGAUCGUCAACAUGCUCAACUCCAUGUAUCUGAAAUUCGACCGCCUCACCACUGUUCACAAUGUGUACAAGGUUGAAACAAUAGGUGACGCCUACAUGGUGGUAGGUGGCGUCCCAAUCCCAGUAUCCAGUCAUGCUGAGCGAGUGGCUAACUUUGCCCUAGGUAUGAUCAUCGCUGCCAAAGAGGUCACCAACCCUAUCACAGGAGGCCCUAUUCAGAUCCGGGUGGGUUUGCACAGCGGUCCUGUGCUAGCGGGUGUUGUUGGGGAGAAGAUGCCACGUUAUUGCCUGUUCGGUGACACCGUAAAUACGGCUUCUCGCAUGGAGAGUCACGGUCUGCCUAACAAAAUCCACAUUAGCCCCAAAGUAUAUCAUGCUCUACAGGACAAGGAGUUCAAGCUAGAGGAACGUGGAGAGAUUGAGGUGAAGGGGAAAGGCAGGAUGCAAACUUAUUUUCUACUAAAAAACCUCAGAGCUACAGAGAACGAGAUCAUAGGCCGCCAGAUGAGGGAAGCCGGCUCAGGACAAGAGUCUGUUCAGUCCGGCGCUGACGGCGGCACUGAGCUUCCUGCUUUCAGACAAUCUCCAGCUUUUCAGAACAAGGAAAGACAUCACACUGUGGCCAUGAGAUACAGCGACAGUUUAGAUGACAACAAGCCUCCGUCUCUGUUUCCUGAAACCCUGACCAGCACUAAAUGCCUCACAGGUUCCUCAAACUACAGAAGACUUCACAGUGGAAGCAGGUGCGAAGACGAGCCGUUCGAGGCGAACGAGGUUGCCGUACGCCGAGGUCCUGAAGGAGCCGAACCUCCUCCUAAACCUGCUCCAAACAAAAGGCAUGUUUACAGCAGGUUCUGUGUGGUGACCUGAAACCCACAGUGAACCCACAGAGA